GUUCUCUCCCGCCUCGUUGCCACCUGCGCCGCAGCACCAUGGACGCCCCAAAGCAAGUGGUCAACUUCGGGCCCGGGCCCGCCAAGCUGCCGCGCUCGGUAUUGUUAGAGAUACAAAAAGAAUUAUUAGACUACAAAGGCCUUGGGAUUAGUGUUCUUGAAAUGAGCCACAGGUCAUCAGAUUUCGCUAAGAUUCUUAAUAACACAGAGAAUCUUGUUCGGGAAUUGCUAGCUGUUCCAGACAACUACAAGGUGAUUUUUUUGCAAGGAGGUGGGUCUGGCCAGUUCAGUGCUGUCCCCUUAAACCUGAUUGGACUGAAAGCAGGAAGGUGCGCCGACUAUGUGGUGACAGGAGCCUGGUCAGCUAAAGCCGCAGAAGAAGCCAAGAAGUUUGGGACUGUGAACAUUGUCCACCCUAAACUUGGGAGUUACACAAAAAUUCUAGACCCAAGCACUUGGACCCUCAGCCCGGACGCCUCCUAUGUGUAUUAUUGCGCCAAUGAGACCGUGCAUGGCGUGGAGUUUGACUUUAUCCCUGAUGUCAAGGGAGCAGUGCUGGUUUGCGACAUGUCUUCAAACUUCCUAUCCAAGCCAGUGGACGUUUCCAAGUUUGGGGUGAUUUUUGCUGGUGCACAGAAGAACGUUGGCUCUGCAGGGGUCACGGUGGUGAUCAUCCGAGAUGACCUGCUGGGGUUCGCCCUCAGGGAGUGCCCCUCGGUCCUGGAGUACAAAGUGCAGGCCGGAAACAACUCCUUGUACAACACACCUCCCUGCUUCAGCAUCUACGUCAUGGGCUUGGUCCUGGAGUGGAUUAAGAACAAUGGCGGUGCGGCAGCCAUGGAGAAGCUUAGCUCCAUCAAAUCUCAGAUGAUCUAUGAUAUCAUUGAUAAUUCCCAAGGAUUCUAUGUGUGUCCAGUGGAGCCCCAGAAUAGAAGCAAGAUGAAUAUUCCAUUCCGCAUUGGCAGCGCCAAGGGAGACGAUGCUUUAGAAAAAAGGUUUCUCGAUAAAGCCCUUGAGCUCAACAUGAUCUCCUUGAAAGGGCACAGGUCUGUGGGAGGCAUCCGGGCCUCUCUGUACAAUGCCGUCACGAUCGAGGACGUUCAGGAGCUGGCAGCCUUCAUGAAGAAGUUUUUGGAGAUGCAUCAGCUGUGAACACAUCCUAACUGAUAUAUACUCUACCCUUGAACUAUGUCCAAAAUUUAAAGUAACUUAACGGUUUCAAAAACUUAACCAUGGUAAUUUUAUCAAGGGAACAUGCUUAUUAUAGAUUAUUUUUUUUCAAAGAACAGCAAAAUAUCCACAGCUCUGCAAAGCUGGUGGGACUUAACAGCCACCUUAAUUUUGGCUUGAACUGAAAGCAUUUAAAAAAAUCUUUAGCUUUUCUAAUGAUUCCACCUUAUGUUGUCUUUGCUGCUACUUUUUCUAGCUAGAUCUCGGUAUUCAGACUUGCCUGUGGACUUACACAAAGUGCAGUUAAUGUUUCUGGAGACACAGACUCUGAGCAUUGAGGGUGGGUGGAGUCUGCUAGGUGCUGCGUCUUGAUCCUUUCCAAAAACGACAGCCGUGGGGGCUCCUGGGUUCCACAGCUGUUAAUUCAAGCCAACCUUGAUCACCUGGUGAGUGUUUAGGAAUUCUCGGCUAAAGGGCCAAUUGGAGAUCUUUAUACUGUUAUUCUCAUAAAGAGAGAAAAGUGACAUACCAUAUGUUUAUAUAGCAAGGUCUGUUUUUAAUACCAAAUAGUUUAUAUCUCUAUACAUUUAUAUUUCUAAUACUGCAGUUCUCAGUGAUAAAUGUAGAGACUUUGGGAAUUUGUUAAAGUCCUUGACCUUGUGCAUUAUAACAUUAUGUUUUCAACAGUUGUGUGUCUCCCUUCCUUCCUCCCUUUGGAAACUGCUUCACAAGAUUUAGAAGUUCCUGAGUCACUUUUAUUUUCUUUCAGUAGGUGGAAGAGAAGGUUGGUGGGUUCUUUGUUUUUUAGUAAUGCCGUAAAACUAAACAGUCUCUGUUAAGCUCCUUUCGUGUUUGUUCACUUGACUGUUCUCAUUAAUUGUGUUUGACCAGAGUGACACUGUGAUUCUGGAAAAUCCUUGCUGAAGCUUCUUUGGUCCUGUUGUUUAUCCAUUGUCAGUAUUUUAUGUCGAGUAUGUGAAGGGCAUUAAAGUCCUAAAACACCUAAA